AUGUUUCGUUUACUUGUCUGUUUAUUUUUAUUUUUAGUUCAAAAUGAACUAUCGAACGCAAAAUCAAGCCCUACAUAUCCAUGGAUAAAAAAAGUUCAUAUUGUUUCCAUGACACAUUUAGAUGUUGGCUUUACAAAUUUUGCAGCUAAUGUUUGUUCUCUUUAUUUCAAUCAUCAUCUACCUAAUGCUGCACUUCUGGCGAAAGAACUUCGUCUAUAUGGCGGUCAAGCACGGUUUGUUUUUACUACACAUCCAUGGAUACUCUUGGAAUUUUUUGAUAACAUUGCACAAUGUACAAACGAACGACCAAAUCGGACAACCAUUGAAUUAGUUACAAACGCUAUCAAACAAGGUGAUAUAACAUGGCAUGCGCAUGCAUUUUCAAUGUUCAUUCCAAUGAUGGAUAAAAAUUUAUUUAAUAUGUCAUUAAGUGUAUCGUCAAUAUUAGAUCAGCGUUUUAAUCAAAGUAGAAAAACGAGCGCAUCACAUAAAGAUGAUAUGGGUCAUCCAAUAAGUAGCGUACCUAUAUUUGCUCAAAAUGGAAUAAAAUCAGCCCAUAUCGGUGUUAAUCUUAACUGUCAUGGAGCUGAUUUACCACCUGCAUUCAUGUGGAGACAUGAAAAAACUGAAACAGAACUUUUAGUUAUGAUGUACAACAAACCAACGGCUGUUACUCCAUGCUCUGCUGAAUAUUGUGUCUACGGUGGUGAUGUUGUUCUACCUGGAUUCGAUGAAGCCAUGGUCUACCAUUUUACAUUAGAUAAUACUGGACCACCUUCAAAUAUCACAGAUGUCUUACAAAUGUGGUCUCAAAUUCAAUCUUAUUAUCCCAAUGGUAAUUUAAUAGCAAGUAGUUUGGAAACAUUUAGUCAAUCUUUAUUGCAAUCAUACAAAGAUCAAUUACCAGUCAUAACUGAUGAAUGGGGAACAACAUGGCUAUAUGGAGUAGCCGCCGAUCCAUAUAAACAAGCAGCAUAUCGACAAAUAUCAAGAUUGUUAGUUGAUCAAAAAUAUUCUUCUUCUAUAUUCAAUUAUUCGUUUCGUUUACUUAAAAAUCCUGAACAUAAUUGGGGUCUAUGCACUGGAUGUUAUUUGAAAGAAGAAAACUAUGCAUUUAAUUAUCAUAAUGAUGAAUUUUCACGUGUUAGAAAUGGAAGUGAUUUUAAAUUAUUAGAGCAAGGAUGGCAAGAAGCUCGAUCAUAUCUGUAUCCGUUGAAUUCAGCUGAUCCGUCAUUAAUUAAAUUGGUUAAUGAGAGUUUGAAAGAAUUGGAACCCUCACUUCCAGAUUUAAGUCAAUUUAUUCAAAUUUCACUGCCAUCAAAUCGAACAGCAAAUUAUUUUUCGUUUCAAACAAAAUUAUUUUCUGUUGGCUUUAAUUAUACAUCCGGUGCUAUCGUUUUUCUUCAGGAUAGUUUUGGAAAAAAUUUAUCAAAUACAAGUCAUAUAUUAGGUGGUAUUCAAUAUAAAACAUAUUCAAAUGAUGAUUUUAAUCGUUUUAAUUUACAAUUUAAUCCGAAUUGUGGACCACCAUGUGGCGAUUUUGCUAAACCAGGUUUAACAAACUCAUCAAGUCAAACAUCAUAUCCGUAUGCGAUUUCGAUGUGGAGAGAUAUUCUUAAUACAACACUUCUUGUUGAAUUAACAUUUCCAGAUGAUAUUAUUGAAAAAUAUGGUGGAAGUAAAAUUUUAUGGUUAAAUUAUACAUUUCCAUUAGAUUCUUCACCAACAAUUUUAGUUCAAUUACAAUGGUUUAAUAAAACUGCAACUCGUCUUCCAGAAUCACUUUGGAUAGAAUUUAAUCCAAUAUUAACGCUUAUGUCAAAUAGAUGUGAUCAAUGGGCAAUAGAUACACUUGGGUAUGAUGUCGAUCCAUCUAGAAUCGUCAGUUAUGGUUCAAGACGGUUGCAUGCUAUAGGGCAUAAUGGUGUACGCUUUUAUAAUCAAAUAACGUCAAAAUCAACGUUUACACUUUAUUCUUUCGAUGCUCCAUUAGUUUCAAUUGAUUCUCCAGAUUAUCUGUUAAAUUUUGAUAAUUCGAUACCCAAUUGUCAAGGAAUAAGUAAAAACGGUCUAUUUAUAAAUCUUCAUAAUAAUCUUUGGAAUACAGCAUUUCCAAUUUAUUAUGAACAAGAUGCAAAAUUUCGAUUCAAAAUUGAAUUUUUCACAGAAUAG